ACCCUGACAGCGACAGCUGAUACAAAAGUCAGUGUAAUUAACGAUGUACCAAAAUCCAGUUUCGUGUUGUUUGUUGUGUAAAAUCUGAUGUUUUUCCAAUGAAAAAUGCGUUUCCGUAUCAAAAAGGAUAUAUUUUUUAAGGUAAAAUAAGACAAACGUUCACGAGACUGGAGAGGAUGAAGGCAAAACCAUCAAAAAGGGUUGCUGGAAUGAUUAUACGUUCCAGAAAAUCAAUUGCAAAAGAUGGGGUAGUUACGACGUCAGGAAUCGGACGACCGAGUCUCUACCAUGCCCUGGUCGUAAUCUUCUUGGAGUUCUUCGCGUGGGGCCUGCUAACGAUGCCCCUAAUACAGGUCCUCAACAACACAUUCCCCGACCACACGUUCCUAAUGAACGGACUGAUUAUGGGCAUAAAGGGCAUACUGUCGUUUCUGAGCGCGCCUCUGGUCGGCGCGCUGUCCGACGUAUGCGGCCGCAAACUGUUCCUGCUCGUCACCGUGUUCUUCACCUGCCUGCCGAUUCCGCUGAUGACGAUCAACACGUUUUGGUUUUUCGCGAUGAUCAGCAUUUCGGGCGUGUUCGCCGUGACGUUUAGUGUCGUGUUCGCCUACGUUGCCGACGUAACGGACGAGAAGGAGCGUUCGUUGGCGUACGGCCUGGUGAGCGGAACAUUUGCGGCCAGUAUGGUUAUCUCGCCGGCGCUCGGAGCGUAUCUAAUGGAGAGGUGGUCGAUUUCGUUGGUGGUCGCUUUGGCGACCGCCGUUGCCAUACUUGAUGUGUUCUUUAUAUUGGUGGCUGUGCCCGAAAGUAUAUCAGAGAAGGUCCGCGUCUCUCCGAUCAGCUGGGAGCAGGCCGAUCCGUUUUCGUCCCUGCGCAAUGUCGGGCAGGAUCCGACGAUUCUGCUGCUUUGCAUCGCCGUGUUCCUCUCGUACCUGCCCGAGGCCGGCCAGUACAGCUGCAUAUUCGUCUACUUGAAGUUGAUAAUGGGUUGGAGCGCGUCGAUGGUGGCGGUCUUCGUCGGUCUGGUCGGGCUGCUCGCCGUCAUGUCCCAGCUCUGUCUGGGAAUGCUGAUGAAGAAUUUGGGGUGCAAGCAUACGAUUAUGCUCGGUUUGCUGUUCGAAAUGCUGCAACUGCUUUGGUACGGAUUCGGUACAACCACUUGGAUGAUGUGGGCCGCCGGUAUGUUGGCAUCGUUGAGUUCGAUUACGUACCCGGCAAUAUCUGCGUUUGUCUCGAUAUUGAGCACGCCAGACCGACAAGGCGUUGUACAGGGGAUGGUAACGGGAAUGAGAGGUCUUUGCAACGGUCUCGGCCCAGCAAUGUUCGGCGUAAUCUUCUACAUGUUCCACGUCGAUUUGAACGAGGGCGAGAACGCGACGACCGACUCGACUCGCGUCGUCGAGCCGUCGCAUUCGGACGUCUACUCGCAGCUGGUACCCGGACCGCCGUUCGUCUUCGGCGCGCUCCUCGUCGUGUGCGCCCUCCUAGUCGCCUCGUACAUACCGUCGAAGAACAACGUCGAGACGAACAUAGCGCUCGACAGUCACUACGAGAUCGAGCGCGGUCACAAGGUCGCCGGCACGCUCAGCCCGCUAAUCGCCAGCAGUCGAAGUCUGGAGAACGUGGCGGCGGUAUUGUAACACGAUUCUAAAUUCUAAGUGCACAAGUUGUUCGGUUUGACAAUCGCUUUUCGACGAGACUCGCAUUUAUUUGUCACCGCCAUUAGAUUAUAAGAUUAAGUGAAGUGUUUACGUUCUUAAAUGUUAGCAGAAAACAAAAGGUAGACAAAUUUCUUGAUUGUUAGCGUUAUUAAUAAGCGCAAGUUGUUACAGAGAGUAAUUAUUCAGCAGUAUUACGGUUGCGAUUUUUAAUUUUGUGUAAAUAGGUUAAGUGAAAUUUCCCGUUAUGAGAGAAGGAUAGGAUAACGAAUAAAAUUUUAAGUGUU